GGUGGUUUUUUUACUGUCACACAUGACAUGAUUUCCAUUCUGAGAACAUUACCAACGACAAGAUCCUUAUUACCGAGAGCAUCUUCUUCCAUCACCAAAUUCAUGGAUUCUUCCUCCAACGCCAGCAGCAUUGGAGGAUCUCAGAGGCUCUUUGCGUUAGCACAGCACCUUCGCCAGUACAAGGCACCGUCUUUCCCCGAAGAUAUUGUGGAACAAAGCAUUGAAGAGAUUGGUGGCAAGGUUGUUUCUCAGGUGGGAUUUCAAGAAUCAGCCAUCCCAAUUGGCCAAAACCCUGAGAAAUUCAGACCCAAAAAAGCUGCUGUUUUGAUCUGCCUAUUCGAAGGGGAUGAUGGGGAUCUAAGGGUCAUUCUCACCAAGCGCUCUUCCAAGCUUUCUACUCACUCGGGUGAAGUGGCAUUGCCUGGUGGGAAAACUGAGGAGGGGGAUAAGGAUGAUGGGGAUACUGCAAAAAGAGAGGCAAAGGAAGAAAUUGGGUUGGACCCGGAACUUGUCAAUGUUGUUACUGUACUUGAACCAUUCUUGUCUAAGCACCUCCUAAGGGUAGUUCCAGUCAUUGGCAUACUUCAUGACAAGAAAGCAUUCAAACCUGUUCUGAAUCCAGCUGAAGUGGAAGCAGUAUUUGAUGCACCUUUGGAAAUGUUUCUCAAGGAUGAAAAUCGGAGACAGGAUGAGAGGGAGUGGAUGGGAGAGAAGUAUUUGUUGCAUUUCUUUGACUAUGAUAUCGGGCAUAAAAAAUACAUCAUAUGGGGUUUAACUGCUGGGAUCUUGAUUAGGGCUGCAUCAGUUGUGUACCAACGGCAGCCAGCUUUUGUGGAGCAGAACCCUAAAUUCAAGCUUCCACAGGAUGUAUCCAAGGACACUACAAUACCUUGAGUUCAUUGUUUAUUGUAUUUUGUCCUUGAUACUUGUCCUUAAUCGUGCAAAAAAACUCGUAGCAGCCAGAGUUCUAGAAUUCAUAGCAAGUGUUUAUAUUUACUGAGAAAGGAAGAGGGUACUAUCCCAUCACUUGGAAUUCAUAUUCCUACCUAUUGAAUGCCAUCCCAAAGUUUAGAGAGUUGCAGACAUUGAAUCACUCAAAAUAGAAGUAUUUGCUGACAAGCAAGUAGUAACUUGAAUACCGCUGAGUGUUAGAAGGGCUACUGGAAUAAAGUAGUUCAUUUUGUUACUUUUAGUUGAACAGAAUUGUCUUCCUGCAAUUCUUGUUAUCUUAUGAUGCCGUUGGCAAAGUAUCUUAUAUAGAGAUGCUUCUUGAUAUGAUAUGUACCAUAAAAUGGUGCAAAGGAAACAUUCAGUGUGACAGGCGUGGGAUUCAUUUAAGCAAGUAUAUGCAAAAAUAUCUUCAGGUAAUUUA